AUGGCGUCAUCGGCACAUGAUUGCGUCCUGAAGAAACAUUCUACAUAUGCAUAUUGUUCUGGUCUUGGCCUGACAUCAAUCCCUAAAGAUCUUCCUCCUAGAGUGAUUCACCUUGAUGUCUCACACAACCCUAUCGGAGUGUUACAGAAUGCUUCCUUCAAACAUCUCAUCCACCUAGAGGUAUUAUUCCUGGAAGGCUGUUCAUUGAGGAAACUAGAACAGCAAGCGUUUCAGGGACUUGUUAAUCUUAGUGAAUUAAGUCUGGAUUCAAAUAGAUUUGUCCAAGACUCCUUUCCAUUACGUGUAUUUGAACCACUGCAGAACUUGGUAUCAAUCUCACUCAAAAGUUUCCCCUUUUCCUUCGUCACACAUGAGAUAAAUCGAUUAAGAAAAUUACGAAGUUUAAAGGUCCAGUCACCGGAUACGUUGACAACGGGAUUGUCUCUCAACGCUCUAUAUGGGCUACCUCUUCCUUCGAUUAGAUUACUAGACCUGUCAUCACAAGUCAUUCCACUACGGACAUGUUCAAUGAGUAAGGAAGUCAAUGUAGAUCGCACGUCUUCAGGACUUUCCAGCAAGCUCGGAAAAACACUUGGAUUGUCGUCUCUAAAUUCCCGACAUGGUACGGCUGAUAUUUAUGCACCACCAUCUUUAAAAGUAGUGAAUAUAUCCCAUUUUACAGCUAAAAAUAUGGAUUUAUUUGACGUCAUAGUGGUUCAUAAUAAUACCUUGGAAGUUCUAGAUUUGACAAGUACACAACUAGCAACAACAUGUAAGCAAACUCUGGCAGGACUGUCCAAAUUAAAACAUCUUAAUGUUUCUUGUUUAGACUGCUCUUCACUAUCAGGGUCUAUUUUCCAUGGUUAUUCCAGCCUAGAAGAACUGGUGUUUAGAUAUUCUAAGCUUGAUGUCGGUCUCUCAGACGAAGUCUCUAAAGAAUUACUUAGAGGUCUAACAGUGCUGAAAAAUGUAGAUUUCGCAGGUAACAAAUUGGAAAAGUUGCAAGACAAUCUAUUUAUAUCUCAACGACGCACUCUCAAUGGCCUGAACCUUGCCGAAAAUUUAUUCACUGGGAUCCCGUACAACCUCUCCGAUUUGACUCACUUGAAAACACUUGAUCUAACAUUGAAUAGGAUAUCAUCGUUAGAUGAAAAGGAUCGCUUGAUGUUGGGGGUGCAUUAUGUAAAGGUUCCCGGGUUUCGUGUAUUACUGGCGGGAAACCCCUUUGAGUGCAAUUGUCGUACCGUCAGAUUUAUUGAGUGGGUAUUCACAACUAAGAUGGAUCUGGACGACCCUAUUAACUAUGCAUGUAUCGACCGGACAGGUGUUAAUGUAAAGAUGACCGCAUUCUAUCAAUCAUUAGACACAUUUAAGGAAUCUUGCAUUGACAGAACAUGGCUUAUUUUCUCAAUAUGCGCAACAUUUAUUUGUAUUCUCGUAGUAGUAACCGUUGCAGUGGGAUACAGGUACCGGGUUUCUAUUAGAUACUGUUGCCUGGUGAUCCGGAGGCGAUAUCGAGGCUACCACAAUAUACAAGGCGAUACAACCCAAUACAAAUACGAUGCUUUUAUAGCAUACAACUACAAGGACUACAAAUUUGUUCGUUACGAAUUACUAGAACAUCUAGAAAAAAGAGUAAAUCUUAAACUGUGUUUACACCAUAGGGACUUUCCACCGGGUGUCGAUAUUACCGAUAACAUAAUGGACGCGAUCGAUGUUAGUAAAUAUAUCAUCAUUGUCAUAACUAAGAGUUAUCUUUCGAGCUCGUGGGGAAAGUUCGAACUGGAAAUGUCUAGGAGACAUAUCUUUCAAAGAAAUAGUGACAACUUAAUAGUGAUUAUGCUGGAGGAAAUAGACAAGAUCAACAUGCCGAAAAAAUUGUACAGAAUUUAUAAUCAGAUCACGUGUUUAGAACAUCCUGGACGUAAGAAUUACUCCGAAUGGAAGGAUAGCGGUUAUGAUGAGGAUGAUACACAGUUAUUUUGGAAAUAUUUGCAAGACACUUUACAAACAUAA